AUGGCAUACAACACAUCGGCUACAUUUUAUCCGGGCGGCGACGACUCCUACUAUGUGCCUGAAAUGGUUCAACCUGCUCCGCACCGCCCAGGAGACCAUCCUACCAAUAUGCCACAUAAUGUCGCCCAGAUGGAGAAUGCUGCCCAGGGCGGACAUCAUAAUCAGUCCUCCAAUGGCUGGCACCAAAGCCCAAUGCCACCAAGAAUCGACUCGUACCAACCUCCACACGACUCGUAUGCAUCUCCCGCCAGCAGCGGAUACACCACUGCCACACCGACUAGCGUCUACUCGCAGCAAUCGCCGGCGACGUAUCAGCAGCCAGCACCUCCUGUCUCACAGACAUAUCAGCAACCUCCAACGUCUGGCUACCAGCAGCCAUCCCCUCAGCCACCUCAGACCUACGAUCACGGGCAGCAGUACUCGACUGGUCUCCCAGAAACGCCGAACUUCUCGCCCUUCCCUGCACUCCGAAAUCCUCCUCCAAACAUUCCACCUACAGACGAGCAGAAAGAAGAUACACUUGAGAAGGCAAGACAAGCAGUUCUAGCCUGCAACGAUCCAGAGGUCCAGCUGACGUGGGCGCAAGAUGUGCUACAAUAUGCUGAGAUCGCCCAACAGAACGAGCAGAGGAUAUCGUUGACACAGAACCCAAGACCUAGAACUCCACGGAUAGAGAAGCAGCUCCGAGACGAUGCACUGAAGAUCACAAACUUCCUGGCGGAUCAGCAUCAUCCCAAGGCAGAGUUCAUGCGAGGCACAUGGCUCGAAUUCGGCCGCUUUGGGGAGAGAGUGGACAAGAAAGAAGCAUUCCAUUGCUAUUCGCGAGCAGCAGAGAAGGGCUAUGUCCGGGCUCAUUAUCGCAUCGGCAUGCAGUUUGAGGCGUCACAGGAUGCUUUGAAGGCCAUCAAGUACUACCAGCGAGGUGUAGAUGCUGGUGACGCGGCAUCAUGCUACCGACUGGGUAUGAUGACCCUUCUAGGCCAGCAUGGACAGUUCCAGGACUUCGAGCAUGGCAUCAACCUCAUCUACAAAUCAGCAGAGGCUGCUGAUGACAACGCUCCGCAGGGCGCAUAUGUCUACGGUAUGCUGAAAGCCGGAGAGCUCAGCCAAGUCCAUGUACCGGAGAGAUUCUGCCCGAAAGACACCGUCGCCGCCAAGACCAAUAUCGAGAAGGCUGCCUAUCUGGGUUUCUCGAAAGCUCAAGUACGAAUGGGAGCCGCAUACGAGCUUGGCGAGCUCGGCUGCCCAUUCGAUCCUGCACUGUCACUCCAUUACAAUGCCCUUGCGGCAAGACAAGGCGAGACCGAAGCCGAAAUGGCGAUUAGUAAAUGGUUUCUGUGCGGACACGAAGGUGUGUUCGAGAAGAACGAAGAGAUGGCCUUCACAUAUGCUCAACGAGCAGCUGUAAGCGGACUCGGAACAGCACAAUUCGCUAUGGGCUACUUCUACGAAGUCGGCAUAUACGUCUCACCCGACUAUUCUACAGCUCAGGAAUGGUACCGCAAGGCUGCCGAGGCAGGCAAUGCGGAUGCUGCAGGUCGUGUUGAGGCCAUCAAGCGAUCGAAGACGCUGUCGAGGAAAGACCAUGAGGCUCAAGCUGUCAGUCGGAUCAAGCAGAGUCGGCCAAACGUAAAUGUUGGGUCGACCGCCGCAACGCUUGACAUGCCUGAUCCCUCGAGACUCAGCCUCAAUACCAACAGCUCGGCACCAUACCCUUCUGGUCCACCAGGUAUGCCUCAGUCGACCUCACAUCCUGACUUUCGCCCGGCUUCCGCUUUCGGCGUCAAUCCCAACUUGCGACCGAACAGUGCCACUGGCUAUGGUUCGCCGCAACAACAAAUGUAUCCUCCGCAAAAUCGUCCUUCACCACAGCCAUACGGCAACGGACAAGGCAGCUAUGGCCCUCCUGGUCCCGUCCGCGGCUCAGCGCCUCCACAACAAUACGGCGGUCCUGGCGGUGGUCGACCAAGUCCUCGUCCAGGCACAACUUCUCCACACCAACAACCCACAAAUCGCCCACCAGUCGACAUCGGCUAUAUCGCACCACUCGAGCAGCGACAGCCACGUCCACCUCACCCAGCCGAAGCUCCUCGACCUCGUCCUUCACCAGGUCCUGGCAUGCAUGGCGGUGGCCCAGGUGGACGCCCGCCACCGCAGCAGCGGCCUAUUGGUCAUCAGCAACCAAGUCCUGCUCCACAGAAGCAGCCGCAGAAGCCACAGCAACCACAGCAGAAGCCAAUGCCCCAACAGCAGCAGAAGCCCGUUCAACCAACAGGACCACAACAGAAGCCUAACAAGGUUGCGCCAUCGCGAAUUGAGCCAGGCAAGAUUAGUCAGGGUCAGGGUCCAAAUACUUUUGAGGCGAUGGGGAUCCCGAAUAAGAAGGCGAAGGGUGAUUGUAUUGUUAUGUAA